AUGUCUGGUCUGAAAAGCCUCAAGAAGGAAAACAGUGAUUUGAAGGAUCACGCAGCAACUGCUUCUCAGCCGGCUGUGGCGCAGGAGAAGACGCCUGUGCCUUCCCCUCCUGCCUCACCUCCUCAGAUACCACCUGCCACUACGAUGGUGACGACAGUUACACCACUGACAAAGUCAGCUUCAGUUUCCGCUCCGCUGUUCUCGUCUCCGAAGCCAAUUGUCAAGAGUGAACAGCCGGUACAGCAGUUGAGUACUGUAUCACCAGAAGCAGGCUCUGUUAUGACUAAACCCGACGUAACUCCCCCGGCCACUUCAUCUACCCCUGUACCUCCUCUGACCCCGUCAACGAGUACAACGGCUACAACGGUCACCACUACUUCGACAACUUCUGAUCCAACGACUGCCACGGCGCCUUCUACAAUCGUUUGUACCUCAACCUCUACUCUACCUGCUCCUGUUGAAGCUGCUCCAGCUGCUCCACCCGUACCGUCAGUGCCAGUGCCUCCAACAGCAGCGCAGCCAAAAGAGCUAUCGGAGAAUGCUGCUGGUAAAUCUGGCGAAAUGACGGCUGAGGAAAAGCUUCGGCAAUUUGCGCUGCGGUCCAUCAAGAAGCAGGUGGACGGGGCUGCACGUUUCACCCCUACGAAAACCUCUGCUCCUCCAGAAGCCAAACCUGCUCCAGGAGGCGAGACCGAGACAAAGGACGCAUUUGAGAGUAGCAGACAGGUUGAACGCAGUGCUGGUACGGGUUUUGGUGCGUUCGGGUCGGGUGGACCAAGUGGACUCGUGUUUGGCAAGCCGGGAAUUUUGCUGCCUGUUCCAUCGCCUUCGUCACCAGCUGCCUCGCAUCCUCCGCACUUGUCGCUUGCUGGAGAAAGCGCACCUCCAGAAUCAUUUCGCCGUAGCCAGCGCCUUGCGCGUUUUGCUGGUGGUGGAGAUACCGCUGCUAGCGUUCCCACAACGAUCGUGUCCACGACCACGAUCACUGCUGCUGCUACUGGAAGUGCUUUGACGAAGCGACCACUGAGUAGCGCAGUGGAGGGUGGAGCAUCCGUGCAGAAGGUUGCAAAGACAAGUGAAGACCAAACGGCGAAGCUCACGACCGUGACGACGGCUACGACCACCUUGCCCACAUCAACAGUUUCGGAGGGAAAGCAGGAGGAAGACACCCCUCCACCACAAACAGAUCCAACGGAGUCGCAGCCGAUACCACCGACGCAGUAA